GUGAGGGCAGCACUUGCUUUUGAUUCCAGUCACCAAAAACAACAGAUCCCUAUAUAAUCAGCCAACCAUGACGCUAAGUGCAACUACAUUUGGAUCAGUAUAAAUCAUUGCAAGUGACCAGUUCUUCAAGAAGGCAGGCCACUUAGAAUUUACAAUAGGGAUGUGACGUCAGAGCAGUCAUGUAUCAAACCAAGGAGAAUGGGUCAGGGGGAUCAGCAACACAAACAGGUCCUGGUACAAGGCCUUUAGUGGUUGUAAAACAAGAGCCUGACAAUGGCCAUCAACACCAGUCAAUACAACAGCCUCAGUUACAGCAGCCAGACUCUCUCUCCAAUGGGCCCAUGGACACCAAACCUCAUCUGUCUACCCAGCUGAGCCAGGAGGCACGCCAAGCAGUGCAGAAGUCCUACAUGCAGGCAGCUGUUGAGGAAUAUAGCAAACAACAAGGCCUACAAAUGCUACCUACCACUGCUGAGAAUGGCAAUGGCUUCUCUCUACCUGUGUCCACCAGCCAAGUUAGCAACGAGGUGACAGAGAGUAAUGCCAUAUAUAGAAACCAAACAUGGGCAGACAUGAAAAGGCGCCUACAAAUGCCUUCUCAACCAACUUCUAGUGAGGGCAAUAUGACAAUUCUUGGGAGUGAAUCCACUGAUAUUUUGUUCAGACGAGGAUCUACUGAAGAGCCCUCUAAACCACACAGUCAAAUGGGCCCACCUAACCAUCCAGUAUAUCACCAGCCACAGAACCAGCAUUCAUAUACAGAGAUUCAAAGUUCUAAUAGGUCGGAUAAUAACUCUCCUCCUCCUCCUCCACGUACAUACAAACCUUGUGUUGUAUGUGCGGACAAAUCCUCAGGUUACCACUAUGGUGUGAGCUCCUGCGAAGGCUGUAAGGGCUUUUUCCGUAGAAGCGUUCAGAAAAAUAUGCAGUACACGUGUCAUAAAGACAAAAAUUGUGUCAUAAAUAAAGUGACGAGAAACCGAUGUCAGUAUUGUCGUCUGCAGAAAUGCUUAGAGCAGGGAAUGGCAAAAGAUGCUGUCAGGAAUGAUCGUAAUAAAAAGCGUAAGUCACGUCCAGAUUCAUGCUCCUCUACAGCAGAUGUCGAGCUUACUCCUGAAGAGGAGAAACUCAUAGAGGAAAUCACACUUGCCCAUGAGGAAACUUUUCCAGGCACUGGCACGACUGACAACCAAAUGAAGAAUACUCAGGAACCUGGCAUGCUGUGGGAAGCCGUAAGUGAACUCUCCACAACAGCAAUCGUAAAAAUAGUGGAUUUUGGUAAGAAGUUACCAGGGUUUUUAAACCUUAGUACGACUGACCAAAUCACAUUGCUCAAGGGGUCUUGCUUAGAAAUCAUGAUUCUACGACUGAGUGCAUGCUAUCAAGAAGUUGAGGAUGUCGUGAAGUUUUCUAAUGGCCUCAUCCUGUCACGAGAACAGCUCAAGUCAGGGGGCUUUGGAAUGCUCACCGAUACAAUAUUUAAUUUUGCUGAAUCAUUACGCAAUAUGACUGUUGAUUCCACUGAAUUCGCACUUCUAGCAGCAAUAUGUCUCAUCAGUGGAGAUCGGUCUGGUCUUGAGGACGCUGAGAGGGUUGAGCGUAUGCAAGAGCCUAUCCUCGAAGCAUUAAAACAUUACGUCCGGAAAAGGCGCUCCCUCCAACCCCACACUUUUGCCAAGUUAUUAAUGAAAUUAACAGAUCUUAGAAGUAUAAGCGUUAAAGGUGCAGAGAGAGUUUUACAUCUACGGCUUGAAAUGCCUGGAGGUUUUCCACCUCUUAUUCUAGAAAUGUUGGUCAGAGAUGAAAAUGUGUGCAUUCCAUAAACAAUACCCAUCCAGUUGUAAAAUAGGUACAUGCAUCAUAUACACUGUGUGAUAUAUUCUACAUGCUAAUUGAUGGGAAACCUGAAUGGUUGAAAUAAAUGGAGACAUGAAGCUGAAUUUG